UGAGGCAGGCCGGGGCCCUGCGGAGGCGCUGGCGGGUCCCGACCGAGUCCCCCGGGCAGCGCCCGGUGCCCCCGCCGGCCGUAGUGCUCGUCCCUGGGGGUGCCGCCUGGCCGGGCGGGGGCGAAGGGCCGGACUGUGCGCGAUUUCUUUGCGUCAAAAUUUCACCGGGGUGAAAGUGCACCAGUUGUGAUUGUGGUCUUCCUGUGCAGUACUUUGCAGAGGAAUGCAAGCUUCAAAGACUGAAAAUAGAAGAAAAGCAGAACCAUUCUACUGGCUGUCAGUGGCAAAGCCUAAGACCAGUUCUGAGAUUGUAAAUGAAGCCAGAGAUGCCCUACAAACAGUAAAAACUCAAAGAUUAUUCACACCUACAGAUGAACAAAGGAAACUUUUUGGGUCUCAAUCGUCACAAUGUCCUCAAAAUAGACGCCCUGUACUUCUUAGUCUUGAUACAUCCAGUUCUGAUUUGCCUGAAUCAAGACCGAAUUCUGCUGUUCGUCUAAGUCCACUGACUCAUAAACCAGUAGUAAUAAUUUCUGAAAAAAAAGAUGAAGCUUCUUCUGUUUUCCAUCCAACACCUCCUGCUGAUGCUGCAGAGGUUAGAAAAGUCAGCAGUGCUUGCAAAGGCUUAUUUAGAACACCUUCUCUGAAAGAUUUAUUUUCUGCUAAGGUGGUUCCUCUGGAUCAGAAUGGAGUGAAACUUGAUUUUGAAGAGCCACCUAUGAUGAUGAACAGUCUUGACAGAAGUAAUAAUAACUGCUUAGCAGAACAAAAGUUGUACACAUCAUUUAAUGAUGAGAGUAGACAAUUAAUUUGUAAUGAACAUACCAGCAGAUCAGGAAGUGAAGACUCCAUGGAAGGAACACCAGGAAACUUUUCACUUCAGCUGCAAGGAGAAAGUGACCAGAUGGAAGAGCCUGGCAAAAAGACAUCACAGCUGAGGACUUCAGGCCAGAAGAGAAGAGUAACAGGCCUAAAGGAUGAAACAAGAAUAAAUGAAUGGGAAGAGGAAGAUUUCUUUUGGCAUACAAGGAUUCUUCCAAUUCUGCGUGACCUGGAAAAAAGAGAAGACAAUAUAGAACACCUUUGUCUAGCUUGUACCAAGCUCCAUCAAGCACUGGGUGAUGGAAAUAUGCUUGGAAAAAGAUUUAAAAGAAGAAACAUCCUUCUGAAGACAUUAUAUAAACUUGUGGACCUUGAUUCAGAUCCACUUUCCCUGAAGCUGGCAAAGAUUAUUCUGGCUAUGAAAGUAGAUGGAAAAAAUCUUCUCAGUGUUUGCAAGCUAGCAUUUAAAAUUUGUAGGAACGAAAAAAAUUAUUUCAUCAUUCAAAAUGAUACGUUAUUGGAUUAUUUGUUGCAGGUUCUGUGGAAUGAAGACCUACAAACAAACCACGAAGCUCUUGUCUAUUGCAUGGCAGCUAUAAAAGUCAUGUCUGAAAAGGAAGUACUUCGUUUUAAAAUGGUCAGCAAAGGAGCUAUUGAAAUGUUUCUGGAAUUAAUGAAGCAGAUUAAUAACAUAAAAGAACAUGACACAUAUUUCUCCAAGUUGGGCCACUUAUUAGUCCAGUACAGAUACUUCGGUUCUCUUCUUCUUGUGAGAAAAGUAGUGAUUCCUACUUCUAUGGGAUUCCUGUGUGACUUUCUCAUAUUGGUUCCUUCAACAAAUCCAUGUGCACUACUUCCUUCGUCCACUCUGCGGAUCCUGGCCAACUGCGCCCAGGCGCGGCGCCAGCUCAGCCCCGGCGCUGCCAUCCCCGAGCUCUGCGUGGCGCUGGAGCAGCGCAGCAGCGACAAGGACGUGUGCAUCUGGAUUGUCAGCGUGCUCAGCAAACUUUCUACCUACAAUGACUUCUGUGCAGCUUUAGCAGACUGCUCCAGAUGUUACAUUGUAUUUUUAGCCCUGCUAAACAAAUACCAGAAGCAGCAGGAUUUGGUUAUCCGUAUCGUCUUCAUUCUUGGUAAUUUAACAGCAAGGAAUGACCAGUCCCGGGAGCAAUUUUUUAAAGAAAAAGAAAGUGUUAAUACCUUGACAUCAUUAUUCCAAACCUACUAUGAACUUGAUUUGAAUGAAAUGACACGGCACCAUGAUAGUAAAGGCAAAAACCAACAAAAGUAUCCUUCAGAAGCAGAAGAUGUUCUGAUAAAACUAAUAAGAGUGGUGGCCAACCUCUCCAUUCACCCUAGAGUAGGUGCAGCUCUGGCAGCUGCCCAUCCUGUUGUAGGAUUACUUGUUACAGUACUAGAAUACAAGUCAGUUGAUGCAUGUGAAGAGUUGGUCAUAAAUGCUGCAACAACAAUCAACAAUUUGUCCUACUACCAAGUGGAGAAUUCUGCAGUUCAAGACAAGAAGCUACACAUUGCUGAAAUGCUUUUAAAGCUGCUAAUGAGUGACAAUAUGGAUGCAGUUGUGGAGGCUGUCAGAGUCUUUGGCAAUCUUUCCCAGCAUCAUGAGAUCCGUGACUUCAUCGUGCAGAGAAAGAUAUACAAGUUUGUGAUUGCUUUGCUCGAUUCCAAGAACCGAGAGGUCUGUUUUCCUGCCUGCGGAGUUCUGCUCAAUCUCACAGUAGAUGAGAACAAACGAGCUUUUCUCAUGGAAGAAGGAGGAAUUGGAAAGUUGGUUGACUGCUUACAAGACUUUGGGCCGGCAGACUGGCAGCUCUCGUGUUUGAUCUGCAAAACCCUGUGGAACUACAGCGAGAACAUGGCGAGCUCCUCCUGCUUCGGGGGAAACACCACCGCGCUGCUGACGCUGCUCACAGCACUUCUGGAUGAAGAGGUAGAGCUGGAGGGCAGCCUUGACAGAGAUAUAAAGGACUGCCAAAGAGUGUAUUGGGAAAGAGAGUUCAAACCCGUGGCAGAAAAACUUCUUGACAGAAUUCAAAGCCAUCGCUCUUCCAGCUGAGUUUAUCGCUCCAUUUUAACCAGUCGGGGUGUUUUUAUCAGGAGUAUUUCUUCAAAUAAUUUGGAAAAGUCUUAAUAAAUACAUAUACAGACUACAGCUGCACUACCUGAAGAGCACACAAACAUGCUUUCUCUCUUCUCUCUCUCAAAACGCGUGGCCAUCUC